AUGUGCAGCAUGUUUCAUUCUGGCAUAUCAAUGCUCAAAGAAUAUCAGAAGCAGGUUAUAGCAGAAUCAGGCUUCAAAAUGUGUUCAAUAAUAGCUGGAUUCCACCAGGGAGGUCCAAUUGUCCACAUCCACUGUGUACUAAGUAAAUUAUUGCCAAUCAGGGUUGAAAAUGAGAAGAGCGCAUUUGAGAAAUCAAUAAUUGAUAGACUCACCUCAGUCCUAACCGCAUUAAUGACUACUGGGCCUAGUGCAGUGGCUUCAACAGCUCCAUCAGUUACUCACUUUAGUGAUAUUUUUAAGGAAGAUGAAGAUAAUACGGAAGAUAAGGAUAGCAGUAAUGCUGACAUUGAUGAUGGGAUUGAUGUUACAAUAGGCAUUAAUGUAGAUUUACACCCAGAAGGCCAUGACAUUGAGGCUGCGGUCCAAGAUCUAGCCUUUAGCACUGAACAGGCUGACAUCAAGGCUGUUGUCCAGGACAUGGAAUAUCUGACCAUCAGGGAUAACAAUGCUGGAGAAGAUUUUACAGCAGCACUGGCUAAUGUGUCAUCUAGUGAAGAUUCAGAUCAGUCAGGGGCAGCAACAGUAAAGUGUAUAGCCCACAAAAUGUACAUCCAGCUUCCUAUUGGCCCUGAGUCUACAACCAAUAGCUCCUACCAUCUUUUCCUCACCAAUGGCCAGCUAGAAGCCUGA